AUGCGGAACUCAAAGAAGUAUUGGAAGGUUCCCGACCAGAGCGACACCCGACUGCGGGCGGAACAGGAUGUUCCCACGGACGACCGUAUCUCCAUGCAGCCUUAUUUCGCACUUCUGGAUAUUCUGGGCGAAUUAGAAGAUGAGUCCAACCUGCAAGUUUGGCGACAAACCCUUCAGAUCUGGGCUUCAAAGCAAGCAAACGAGCAGCCACUGCUGGCGCAAGUGGCCUACGUCCUGGAUGCGAGAUAUCCUCGCCGGUAUUGCUGCCUCCUUUUGCUGUGUGAGAAGCAUUACGACUCCAUCUUGGAUCGCUGGCACACGGCCUUUUCGAAACGAAUGCAGCAGACGAUGAUGUUGAUACAGGCCUUACGCAGGGCAGUCAUUGACAAGACGACCACAUCGAGAGCAUCCUAUGACAAAGCCUUUGAUGUUUCGAACGUAGCGUUUCACCACAAUAGCUUCCCCUACCCUAUUUUCCCCAUGAAGAUUGGUAGAGAUCUAGCCACGCUUCUGGAGAGCCACCUGAUGCUCCCCUUUCAAGGUGCAGGCGGGCUCCUUUCAAUUACUCAGCAAGCUUUUCAGGAUUAUGGGGUUAAUUCUGGUGAUUUCGGAAAGGGUGCUGCCAAAGGCAAGGGUUCUAAGGCCAGGCCCUCCGGAAAAGGUAGCAGCCUCACGUGGGGCAAAGGCUCCGUGGACUUCAAAGAUUGCGCCCGAACCCCUAAAGGGAAAUCCUCCGGCAAAGGCUCCUGGAAGGAAAGAGACCAUGACUCCAGAACAGAUUGGCGAAAAAAUCCGGACGAUGAUCAGGACGAUUGGGGCUCCAGAUGGAAACAGCAGGGUAAUUGGGGUCAAGGGAAAGGUUGGCACAGCAACCGCCAGUCCCAAUGCAGUAACCAGGGCUCCAAAACCCGCACGCGUACCCCUCCAGGAAAGGGGAAGAACAACCAAUACUCCGGUUACAACCUCUCGUGCCGAGACUGCUCCCACCACGAUAUUCCUCCUGGCUUUACCCAAAAAGUCAAGGUUGUGGUAAAAGCUUACAUCUGUCCCUCAUCCACCACAGCAGGCAUACAGUGUGGACAGAUCCGAGGCACAGGCGAAGGCUGCCCAUUAUGCAACGAGGCCCGCCGAUAUUGGUCGUCAGAGCAGGCCCAGAUGGGCUGGACGUCCCUCCCCAUAGCCCGAAAGUGCGAAUUGCUACAGCUUGACCGCAUUCUUUAUGAAAUGGAGAUAGUUGACUCCUCCUGUUCGGCUACGUAUCAGUUUGUGGAUGGCAUGAAUACUCUCUUGGCAGGCCUUAAAGAAGACGAUUACACCCCCAGACAAUGGGCAGCAUGUUGGAUGACCCCCGAGGAUAUCGUCAAUUGUUAUGGUCCCCUAGAUGACCCGAUCCUACUGCAAACCUUUUACAUUGUAUCAUGGUUCAUGGAUCUCCUUCGAGAUAUCUGGCGUACCGCAGGAGUACACCUAGCCAAGAAGUACGAGCUAGAAAAAUGGGCUGCCAAUUUCGACCACUCCCCGAUUCUCCCAUGGCCCCAUAUGAUAGCCAGCUCUUUCUCGUUGGCGUACGAGCAUGCCAAGUUGUUUUGCCCAACGCCCGCCCCAGCCUUGAAAUGGUCCAAAGACAUUUUUGACUGGAUGCUUCAACUCGAUUUGGUCAAGGUCACGACUGACCUCUUUCAGGUAUUGGCUGAGGAAGCCGCCGGGCUUCUCGACGGUGACGAUCAAAUUUUGUCCCUCAUCAAAGGCGAACAGCCCUACACCAACACAGGGGCCGCAGCAGUCGGGGGCUUCGGCUCCCUAUACUUUGACGCAGUCUAA